AUGGCCGACCACUACCUCGACGCCAAAUCUUUCGACAUGUUCGUGCAGUCUGAGUCUGGGUCCAGCACAGCAGGAAGCAGUAAAGCAAAUACCAACACCAGUCACAGCACAGCUCCCACCCCGGCCUCCCUAUCUUCGCCGGCUCCCUCCAGCCUGUCCUUUAAAGAAGACCCGGACGCCAUCAUCCCAGAAGAAGACGUGAAGCCUUCUUUGACUUCUCUCGACAGUCUUUUGCAGUCCAAAGCACCUCCGGACCUGUCUGAAGUCGCCUCCAAGGCCAAACCCUCAGUACAGGCUAUUGUCACUCUCCUCGAAGAUAUUGUGCGCACAUUCAUCGACCUCAUCAACGACCGUAUGCUCACGCCCGACCACCCUGUGACUGCAUCUUUCGACCCGAAGUUCUCUGCGAAUACUCCGCCGCCUUGGCCUCAGGGCACCGAGGACUUGCCCGCCUACCUCAAACGACUCAUUUCACUGGCAGCAGAAACGGAGUACAGAAUGGUGGUCCAAGGACUGGACACCCACGUCUACAAGAAUGGCCACGCCGGCGUCUUUGUCACGAGCGACGUGAUUGGAGUGCCGCCCGGCGUGGUCAGACACGUCGUUGCCAUCUUUCGAUUCAGGAAACGGGAUGGCGCGUGGAGAUGCUUCACAGUGGAAGAAGUAAUUGGCAUCCAAAAUACAAGUGAUGGAGAUCCGAUCGGUGGCUUUGCCGGACCUUUUUGA